UAGUCGUUGAUCUUUUAAGAGGUGGGACCCUGCAAAGACAAAAUUACUGUAUCAGACAUGAGGUUGGAGGGAAGCGCUGAAUACCAGUCAUCUGCAAUCCAUUAACGGUAAUCCUUGAGUUACAUUCUGCUGCUCCCUCCCUCUCUCUCUAUACCGGAAAAUUGCAGGAUGGCAUCUCUCCCACUUGGAAAUACUCCAAGUUGUACUUUAGCAUGUGAAAGAAGACCAAUUUCUCUUCUGGGUAUUUCGGCUCUGCCAUUGAUGCAAUUGAAGGUCAGAGCUUUUCAUGGUUUGGUGAGAGGAAAAGUCGUGAUUCACAGCUUAUAUAGAAAUGAAACAUCCCUUUUAUGUGGAGAAGGAUCCAAUAGCAUCAACCACAUAAUUCCAAAAAAGGCGAUCUUAACCAUUCCCAGAUGUAGCAGUUCCUCGGACUCUAAUGGAAGCGAAGAUGACUCCUCUGAUCAGGCCAAGAAGAAACCAUUUGGAUACUCAAGAAAGGAUGUUUUAUUGAUUGGAGUAGGAGUAACUGCUAUCGGGAUCGGCUUGAAAAGUGGAUUAGAGUUUGCUGGAGUUGAUCCUUUACAAGCAGGAAACGUCGUUCAGCUGGUGCUGGUGUUGGGCCUGACUAUUGGAUGGAUUUCCACUUACAUUUUUCGUGUUUCAAAUAAGGAAAUGACGUACGCACAACAAAUACGCGAUUAUGAAAGCAAAGUCAUGGAGAAAAGGUUAGAAGGCCUAACAGAAGCAGAGUUAGAAGCAUUGCUUGAACAAGUUGAGGAAGAGAAGAGGCGCCUCGGCGAGCAGCAGGUCAAGUAAAAAGGUUCUAUACACCUUUGAUCAUAAUUUAAAGCCUUCAUGAAAUGACUCUCUGUGUAUAUAUACUCAGAUAAAACACAACAGGCAAAGUGAUAGAUUCCUUUUGUACUUUACAUUCCCAGUAGUAGUAGUUCGUCGGCCUCUAAUGGCAGCGAGGAUGACUCCUCUGUAAUUUAAGUCAUGUAUGUUUGUGAGGUUUCCCUUCGCUUUUCGUUGACUCGGGAUUUCGGUGCAAGGUAACUCUUAACCGACUAAGUUAUAAGUUUCAUACAAA